AUGAGAAAAGAGUGGGGAACUAACAAAUUAACUUGCGGAACUGCUACAAGAUUGAGAAGAUUUGUAGAUGCUGUUUUAGAAUAUACAGGUGCAGAAGAAAUAGACAUUAUUGCUCAUUCAAUGGGUGUUACUUAUGCAGGAAUUAUUAUUCAAGGGAAUAUGUGGAUUUUACAUAGAUUUGGUUUCUGGACUGGUCCAAGCUGUCCAGAACAUACAGAUGUAAAACAAUGUAACAGCGACGAUCUUAUUCCCUGUUCAGAUAAUUAUGGGGAUAUAUUGAGAAAAUUGAAUCAUUCAAAUGAUGAUGGCAAAUAUAUUGCAAGUUUUUGGUCAACUAAUGACACAAUAAUAGGCCCAACUAAUAAAGCAUAUGGCUGGAAAACUUCAAUUGUUGUUGGAACAAAAAAAGAAAUUAAAUAUGAUGGCCUUACACAUUAUACAUUAAAAACAGAUACUGUUAGUGAUCAAUUGAAAAUACUUCAAUUAGAAUUAUAA